AUGGGCUUUAAGGAUUUUCAACUCAAGAUGGCCAAGAAACUUAGGCUGAAAAAGUUUAUUGGCAAAGAAGGAGGAAACAAGAAGAAAGGAUCAGGAAAUGGGAAGAGGCUUCCAUGGAUGAUGCCAAUAACUCAUGGAUAUUACGUGGCGGAGGAAAGCCGCGACGGAGCAAGGCCACAAACGCCUCAAAGUAAUAAGGUGGAGUGUGAUAAAGUGGUGGUGCAAAGGGAACAAGUUGAGGAACAAGAGUGGUGGUUUUGUGGUGUUUUUGAUACUCGAAUUGGGGGCGGAGUUACCAAGUACCUGCAGGCUCAUUUGUUUGACAACAAUCUUAAUGAGUCACAGAUGAAGAAGAAAAGCAAAGAAACAUUGAAAAAGGCACAUGUUCAUGCAAAAGCUAAGGUCAGGGAAACAGAGAAACUAGAAAGCACCUGGAAAAUGGGUUCAGCUUCUGCAUUAGUCAUCAAUGGCGAGAGGCUAGUACUCGCGAACAUGGGUGAAUACAAAGCUGUAGUAUGCAGAGACGGCGAAGCUUUUGAAAUUAACAGAAAGCAACAGCAAACAACAAAGCCACAUUGGUCACAUAAGCUCUUCUCAGGUAUGACAUAAUAAUAUAUCAUCCUUUUUGCCAAACGCUCACCUAAAGCUGGAGCUGAUAAGCCUUCUAAAAGGUCGGAACUUGUUGUUGGUUCUGAAAGAAUUGAUCGCGAUACUGAAUUUGUUAUCCUAGCUAGCCCUGGCGUAUGGGAGGUAAUGAAGCAGCAAGAGGCAGUGAACCUGAUUAGGCAUUUGGAAGAUCCACAAGAAGCUGCAGAAUGUUUAGCAAAAGAAGCGAUAAAUAGAAUGAGCAAGAGCAAUAUUUCUUGCCUUAUCAUUAGAUUUGAGUGA